CAACGCUGUUACGCCAAACUAAGAGAAAACGAGAGAGAGAGAGACAGAGAAAAGGGAAAGAUAGAAAGAAAGCGAGAGAGAGAGAGAGAGAGAGAGAGAGACAGACAAUGAGAGAAAAGGAAAGAUAGAGAGAAAGAGAGUAGAAAACGAACCAAUGGGAGAAUAAUCCGGUGUGUAGGAUUGACCAAUCAGAGUGAUUGUUGUUGUCAGCAACCCAUCUUUGACAGUGUUUAUCUUUUUGUCUCUCGCUCCCCAAAAUGGUGGACUAUUCUUCACUUCCCUCUCUCUUAGAUCAAUCAUUCACAGAACAACACUUCUUAUCUCCACAUUUCUGAAACUAGGCUAUGUUUUGACGCUCUAGUUGUUGUUGGUGAUGGAAGUCAGUGUCGGUGGUUUGUUGUUCACAUCAAACUUUGACUCUGGAAACUUGGCUAAGGUUGAGAGAGUGUAUAAAGAUGAUACCAAAGACAGUUCAUCAGUUUCCAAUAAUGUGAACCGAAAUGCGGAACUCCAACCUGAUUUGGAAUAUAAUGUUUGGACCAGACCAGACUGUUCCAAUACCAUAUAUGAAAAUGGAAAUAGAUCCUGGUUCUACUUUGGUGUAGAGGGGGGAUUGCCUGGCCAACUGAUCAAAAUCAACAUUAUGAAUAUGAACCGUCAAGGUAAACUUUAUAGCCAAGGAUACUGUCCAGUGAUAUACACAGUUCCUGGCAGCAAUAAAUGGGAACGUCUUCAAGAGAAACCAGCUUUUGAUACUAUUGAUGGCCAAUUUAUUCUGUCAUUCUUUCAUCGGUUCACGGAAAUCAAAGGUGCUACAACAUACUUUGCUUUUGCUUACCCACAUUCCUACAUUGAAUGUCAGAACAACAUCAAUGAGUUGGAAGAGAGAUUUAGUUACUGUAAAAAUAUAUCUUCUGUUGAAAACAUUGCAGAAGAUACCGUUUACUUCUACCGAGAGCUGCUGUGUUACUCCCUGGAGAAGUUGGAGGUCAGUCUAAUAACCGUUUCAUCAUUCCAUAACAUCAUCGAUGAGGAGGAACCUCACUUUGAUCCAAAACUUUUCCCCAUUAAAAACCAGCCAAGGUGCAAGAAAUUUAAAGAGAAAAGAGUGUUUGUAGUAACGAGUCGUGUCCACCCAGGUGAAACUCCUUCCAGCUUUGUAUUUAAUGGUUUCUUAAAUUUUAUCCUUCGACUUGAUGAUCCUCGGUCAAUUCAACUACGAAAGCAGUUUGUCUUCAAGUUGAUUCCAAUAUUAAAUCCAGAUGGUGUCAUGAAUGGUCAUUACCGGACAGACACACGUGGGGUGAACUUAAACAGAGUGUACGGGGACCCUAGCUUUGAACUCAAUCCGUCCAUAUAUGCUGCCAAAAGCAUCAUAAUUUAUUACCACGUCAACUAUCGGCUAAAGAAAGACAUGUACAAAGACAUCAAGUUUCCUCCAACAGAUAUAUUACCCAAACAAACUGACACCACCUCUACCACUACUACCACCAGUAGUACAAGCACUACUAAAACCAUUGAUACCAAUUCCAUUAUUAAGUUCCCUGAAAUUACUAACAUUGGUUUAUGCCAAAUCACCCAAUCACUUCAUGCAGCUAGAUCAGGGUUGUCUCAUCGAGAACUCACUUACAAAGCAUGCCUAUUAGCGUCUCGUUAUAAAUGCCGGAACUUAUAUGAUGGUGAUUUGCCAAAGAGACCUCAUUCAUUCUCCACUUAUGAUAGGAUGACUCAGAACAAGUUAAAUGCUUGCAACUCCCAAGCUGUAAAAUCAAUAAAUUUGUGUAGUCAAACGAGUGGCAGCAGAUCUGAUUCUGAAGACUCUUCGGACCCUAAAGGCAUCAAGAAUGGUUCAUUAAAUAAAGAAUACUCAGCAAAAACUGAAGAGCAGACAAAUGCCAUUGAUUCUGAAUUAACAAUGCAUUUAGAAUCAUUGAGAAUUUCAAAUGGAACUAACUCUGAAAUAACCCAGACAGAUGCAUGUAGGAUUCACUCAGAAUCUGUUGAAUGCAAUUGUAAAUCAGACGGAGAAAGAACAAACUCAAGAAAUGAUGGUUCUGAUGAAGACCAUGACAGAUAUCAUACAUUGCCGCCAAAUAACGUUCCUUCUUCUGCUCAUCUCAAUAACAGUGCAUUCCGAAAAAUACUGCCCCAACACAGUGGCAUUGCUUUCUAUAUUGACUUACAUGGCCAUGCCUCUCGUAAAGGCUGUUUCAUCUAUGGAAACUUCUUGGAAGCUGACGAUUCACAGAUACAAAAUAUGCUCUAUCCAAAGUUAGUGUCUCUGAAUUCAGCACAUUUUGAAUUUGAUGCCUGCAAUUUUUCUCAACGCAACAUGUACAUCAGAGACAAACGUGAUGGACUCUCGAAAGAAGGAAGUGGACGUGUAGCUAUUCAUAAGUGUACAGGUAUCAUUCACAGCUAUACCCUAGAGUGUAAUUACAACACUGGUAAAGUUAUGAAUGCCGUUCCCCCAGCUUACGGGGACAAAGGCAGAGCUUCUCCAACUCCUGUUGUUGGUAUUCCUCCGAAAUAUACUCCCAGCAUCUAUGAAGAUAAUCCUAUAGAUCUCCUUAUGUCUGAUGGCAGCAGUUCUUUCUUUCAAUAUCCAUGGAAACAAGUUUUCUACUUGAUCUUUUUUUGCUUUUCUCAUUUCUCCUCUUCACGUAACAAAAUCAACUCUAAUGACAGUAUUUUAUUAAACUCACUCUCAACAACAUCAGAAACAGUUUCAAAAAAUCUCAACUCUGGCAAGAAAGAACUGCGUCCAUUAAAAGAUGUUUCUUCCCGGUUAACAUCUUGUUCCCGAAAAUGCAAUGUAGCAAACAACAAAAAGGAAGAAGAGUCUACGACAUCUGAAACCAAAGUUUCAGGUUCUUUCACUCUUCCCAACAGCACUGAGUCACCAAGUUUGGCUAGUCUGAGAAGUACACGGCUUCAGCACAACAAAAUUAACCCCAUUAGUUACAAUGUGUGUUCUGAAAGUGUUCCAAAGCACACCACUAGGCUUACAUCUCGGAAUAAACCCAUUGACUCUAAACUUCAGAGAGCAAAGUCAGAUAUCUCCAAAAACUCUUCAAUUUCACCUGCCAUCUUCUCCAAACCAGUCAAAAGUAACUCCCUAUAUGACAAGAAAGAUGCGGUUAAAACUGGCUUAAGCCGAUCUGUGUCCAGUGGUAAUGAUAAGCAACGUUCAUUGCUUCAUUUAAAUCAUAACCACACAUGGUCAGCCGAAGGUUCGUUUCAUAAUAGCAAGUUAAUGUUUAAAUCAAGACGGCACAUGUCUUCUUCGACAUCAAUGCAGAGAAAGAAGAGUGAACUAGUAAGAGGUGAAGGUUCACUAUCAAGUGUCCAUUUGAAAUCAAAGGAGUUUUCAUCUGAAGCCACUAAUGAUGUUCAAAGAAAUAUGCCACCGAAAAAGAAACGAAAAUAUAGUUUGUUCAAGAGAAAACCAGCAGUAAACAGUCUCAGAUCCAACGCCAUCACUAGAAACCAUUUGAAGAAUGAGCGCCGAGACAGCGCAGCACAUGAAAAAUUUUCUCACAAACAUUAUAGAUGUUCAAUAACUAAAGCUGCUACCUUCCAAAGUUUUGUAAAUUUAUCUUUCAGCAAUGUCAACAGGUUACCGUUUCAACUCGAAGGAUGUCCUCUAAGGAAUUGUUCUAAAUCUGCCAAAGAACCAGAAGUUCCAUCUUAGUCUACCACCCAUUAUUGCCAAACAUUUUAAACUCACAUCAUCCUCCAGUCUGUCCAGUUUGGAGGAGGAAAUCUAUUUAUUUCAUCAUUUGUCAUUGGAAUCGACCAACCAAAGAAUUGACUGUCACCAGGAAGAAACUAGAUCAAAAGCAAUCCAGUAGUUUAUACAACAAACACCAAAAUAUGUUUUAAAACUAUUUAAAAGAAUAUUCUUUCACUGUGUUCCAAUCAAUUCCAGAACAAAAAGAACUUCCAUUGUUUGUUAUGUAUUCUUAUUAUUUAUAUUUAUUUAUUAUAGAACAAAAGGAGAUACCAAAGGUUUUGAAGAAGUUAUAUUCUGAGUCUUAGAUUAUAAUUUCUGUUGUUGCUAUUUUAUUGUUUCAAGUUGAAAUUGAAUAAACUAAUUAAAAAAAAAAAAAAAAAGAAAAACUACAAUCUUUUGUUUUUGUCAGUCUGUUCUGUGAUUAUUACAUCAACUGUAACCUGUCUAGCAUUCAUCAUCAUAAUGUCCCCUUUUCCGUGCUGGCAUGAAUCAGACAGAAUUCAGUGAGGUGAAUUUCCUUCAGCUGGAUGCUCUUCCAGUUGCUCUCACUUGUUUUUAACCAAAGUAACAGUUUUCCAUGAAAGAUUGUAAAUGAAUGACACCACUUGUAUAACAGUGACUCAUUUACAGCUUCCAUGUAAUGUCAAAUCAAGGAGGCACACACACACACACACACACACGAUGGGUACCUUUCAGUUUCUGUCUCCUAGAUUCGCUCGUAAAACUUUGGUCAGUGUGGGGCUGUAGUGGAAGACACUUUGCCCAAUGUGCCACGCAGUGUGAUUGAACUUGAAACCAUGUGGCCAGAAAGCAAACUUCUUAAUCACAGCAAUACAAGGGAUCACAGGCAAACUGACAGAAAAAAGAUAGGCUCUGAAUGUGGAAGAUGUAGAGAUGUAGUUAGCCAACCACUCCAAGAGUGUAGUGGAUGCUUUUUAAAACCAUUGAAUUGUUAAUUAUUGCAGAGAAAUAAAAGUUUUACACAUUUUUUUU